AUGGAUCUAGACCACAUACAACCUUUCGGCAGAGGAGAAGAUCUGUGGUUUCAUCGCAUCCUUUACAUCUGCGCAAAGAUCACAAACUUUCAGGUCACCAUACAACACCGGCUUGCUUCCAAUGAUUUGCAGGCGAAUACUGCACAAUUCCACGAUUUGGUGCAAGAAUGGAAUCACUACCGUGCUUGGUGUGAUCAGUGGGACAAAUUCGUUCCGCGAUCGAUGAAACCUAUUGGCCAUGUACAACCCUGGCAAGCUGGCUCUCAGUCCAAUUUUCCGAAGAUAUGGCUACCCAAGCGCACGGCGACCCUCUCUGAGCUCUUCUACCACACGGCACGCAUACUACUUGCCAAAACUCAUCCAAUGAAGUCCGACCUUCAAAUGGAAAUGAAGGAGAUGCAAAACGUCCAUGCCCAUAACAUAUGUGGCCUUCUUGCAAACUCUAAAGAUCGCAGCAUUCCAAGUGUAUCAAUACGAUGUUUUGCGAUCGCAGCAGAAUGUCUGGAGACUCGAGAAACGCAGGAAGAGGCUCUUCGCAUUCUUGACACCAUCUCCGCUGACAGAGCGUGGUUCACUGAGCCCAUAAGGGAGGAGCUGAAACAUAUCUGGGCGUGGCCUGCGUCCCAACCAGAGACCAUGGAUCCAACCCAAAUGCACAAUCAGUCUUACACCUUCGACCCAGCCUUGUCGAUCCCAAAUGCGUUUGAAUUUCCUGCGGGGGUCUCGAACCCACUUUCCAAUACAGGCGACUUCUCAAUGGAAAAUCACCCCUACCAAGAGUACUAUGUUGCCCCUCGCCAUGAGAUUGACCAUUACAAUUAUGACCCUUAUCUGAUUUGA